ACAGUUUUGAGAAAACCAAGAGCGAAUGCACAAGCGGAUACCAAGCUCCGGACGGGCUAAGUCAGCAACCCUCCAAGCGCCUUACAUUCGGAUCACAAUCAUUCCCCUUUCCAACCGCCGUCGAGCCUCCCUACUACUAGCUCUGCAUGUCUGGACGCGGAAUCAUACACGUGGGAUGCAUGCUGACAAUGCCGAGAGCAGAGAGAAUCGGGGAUAGCAUCGGCCCGCACCGUCCAUAAACGCGCAGAUAGUGUGCUGAGAUAAGGCACACUGCCCGCAGAGAGCGCUCAGUCAUUUUCACAAAUCCCGCGGGCGGGCGGGUAAUUGAAUGGAGCCGGGAGUGCGGUAGAUGGCGGAAGUACUGGAUGCUUAUUUCCGGACCGCUGUGGGAGAGCUGUUGGCGCUAGAUCUGGAGGGUCGAUACAGGGUCUGCGUCGUUGGUGAGGUUGAACUGAGACAUUUGGGUUGGGAAUUGGCGCCUUGGGGUAGGGGGAGCGGCCCGAGGUUGGAUGCUGCUUCCUCAGUGCAGAUGCCGCCCUGCGUAGGUACCGAAGGCCGCCAUUUUGCUGGUGAUUCUAAAGCAUGGAGGAUCUCAUUGCAAUUGAUGCCAGGAUACUCCAUAGCAGCGUGUGGAACGUUGCCCUCGGCCCCCUAUAUCUCCCUCUGGGACAUCAGCACCGCACUCCACCAACACUCGCCCUGCGCAUUUAACACCCAUUCCAUCUCCACCAAGACCACAUGCAGUGAUUUAUACCGCAAAUUAGCCAGUAAUGUACAGCACAUAUGCGGUCCCCAUGCAGGGAGCGCCAGAUAGAGAUCUGACUCAUGCGGGUGCAUGCAGUGCGAAAACGGCGCCGGAUUGGAGGAAAUUGGGGUACUUCUAGAAGAGAGCCCCCUAAACCCGCGAAAGUGAGCCCAUUCUUGCGCAA